AAUCCCUUGUCGUGCUGUGGGUCUCAUUGUUCUCUUUAGGGUUCUCAUCAUCUUGGUAUCAGAGCAUCAAAUCCUAAAUCAGGUUUCAAUCAUGUCAAGCAGUGAUGACAAUCAACCACUAGAAGCCACCAUGUGGAUGAAUCCUUCAUGCUCAAAGCAAUGCAACAACAAUUUCAGAGGCUGGACAUAAUGUUUGGUGAGAUUAAAGACAAAAUGGACAAGCAAGAUGCAGCGAUAGCCAAGUUAUACCAAACACAGAAUGGAAGUCCGAAUUUGCGUAGGAAUGAUGCUAAUGACGAUUUCAAUGACGAUUAUGAAGAUGCACUCAACAAUGAGACCCAGAACUCAAAUUUCAGCAUGAACAGAAUUAUGAGAGGUAGAGGGGGCCAGAGAAAGCAAAAUUUGACGAGGUGGGGAGAUCGGCAAGAUGGUGACUUAGGUAGCAUCAAGAUGAAGAUUCCUCCGUUUCAAGGCAAAAAUGAUCCAGAUGUGUAUUUAGAGUGGGAAAAGAAGGUGGAAUUGGUGUUUGAUUGCCAUAACUAUUUUCAGAAGAAAAAGGAAGAGAUUAAAGCUGUGAUGAGAAAACGAUUUGUUCCUAGUCACUACUACUGUGCUCUGUAUCAGCGAUUGCAGGGCCUUACUCAAGGGUCCAAAAGUGUUGAGGAUUAUCACAAAGAGAUGGAAAUUGCAAUGCAUUAUGUGGAAUUAGAAGAUAUGGUGCAUAUGGCGAUGAAAGUACAACGACAACUCAAGCGUAGAGGAGCCACUAGUAGAACUGGGCAAAAUUCAGAUGCUAAUGAUGGUGUGGAAUAUGUUGUUGAUGGAGAACUGCUCGUGACUAGGCGAGCUUUGAAUGUGCAAGCCAAAGCAGAUGAUGAAGUACAAUGUGAGAAUAUAUUUCACACGGGGUGCCAUGUCAAAAACAAGUGGUGGCCUAUUGCGUUUUUCAAUGAAAAAUUGACUGGUGCAGCACUUAACUCUACUACAUAUGACAAAGAGAUGUAUGCAUUGGUAAGGGCCUUAGAAACGUGGCAACAUUAUCUUUGGCCUAAGGAGUUCAUGAUACAUACUAGUCAUGAGUCGUUGAAGCACCUCAAGGGACAAGGUAAGUUGAAUGGACAACAUGCUAAGUGGGUGGAAUUUCUUGAGACAUUUCCCUAUGUGAUCAAGUACAAGCAAGGAAAAGAAAACAUUGUGGCUGAUGCAUUAUCUUUUGAAAUGGUUAUGCAACUACAUGAAAGGGUGCGACAAAACAUAGAACGACGAACUGAGCAAUAUGCAAAUCAAGACAACAAAGGGCGCAAGAAAGUUGUGUUUGAACUUGGAGAUUGGGUUUGGGUGCAUAUGUGGAAGGAGCAAUUCCCUGCACAAAGGCAUUCUAAGUGGCAACCAAGAGGUGAUGGACCAUUUCAAGUGAUUGCAAGGAUAAACGACAACGCAUACAAGUUGGAGCUUCUUGGUGAGUAUAAUGUUAGUGCUACUUUUAAUGUUUCUGAUCUUUCUCCUUUUGAUGUAGGUGACGAUUUGAGGACAAAUCCUUUUGAGGAGAGAGGGAAUAUGGGAAUCAAGAUGACCCCACAUGUACCACGUCAAAAGAUCCAUUACACAUUCCAAGAGGUCUAGUCACGAGAGCUAGAGCUAGGAAGAUGCGAGAAGCUUUAAAUAGCCUUAUUAACCAGAUCUAGGUUGAUAAUAACAUGCAACAAGUAAAUCGAAGCUUGAAUGAUUAUCAAGGCAUGGUAAACAUUAUUCAGAUUCAAGAGAACCUUAAUUGAGGUCAUUUGUAUUAAAUUACACAAUUUGUG